ACAAACAAAAAACCACCCUCAGCUCAGGAAGCGUUAGUGGAAGGGUCCGCUCCUCCCACAAGGCGGUGCUGCCUACCAGCACGCGGAGGGUUGUGGGACAGAUAACUCCCCUCCUGAUGGAGAUUCAUGGACUUGGGAGGGCGGGAGGGGCGGGAGACUCCAUAUCCCAGCAUGCCCCACGGCGGGCCCGACCGGCCGCGACUAGGGGCUUGGCCCCGGCCCUAGCUUGUCGGCGGAGUAUUGGGGCGGGUGGAGGCUGAAGUCACGGUGGCGCCCGCGGGGACGGAGGAGGGAAUGAGUGAAGAGGAGCAGGGCUCCAGCACUACUACGGGCUGCGGGCUGCCCAGUAUAGAGCAAAUGCUGGCAGCCAACCCGGGCAAGACCCCGAUCAGCCUUCUGCAGGAGUAUGGGACCAGAAUAGGGAAGACGCCCGUGUACGACCUUCUCAAAGCCGAGGGCCAAGCCCACCAGCCUAAUUUCACCUUUCGGGUCACCGUUGGCGACACCAGCUGCACUGGUCAGGGCCCCAGCAAGAAGGCAGCCAAGCACAAGGCAGCUGAGGUGGCCCUCAAACACCUCAAAGGGGGGAGCAUGCUGGAGCCGGCCCUGGAGGACAGCAGUUCUUUUUCACCCCUAGACUCUCCACUGCCUGAGGACGGUCUGGUUUUUACUGCUGCAGUGGCUGCUACUCCUGUUCCAUCUGCUGUCCCAACCAGGAGCUCCCCCAUGGAGGUGCAGCCCCCUGUCUCUCCUCAGCAGUCCGAGUGCAACCCUGUUGGUGCUCUGCAGGAGCUGGUGGUGCAAAAGGGUUGGCGGUUACCUGAGUACACAGUGACUCAGGAGUCUGGACCAGCCCACCGCAAAGAGUUCACCAUGACCUGCCGAGUGGAGCGUUUCAUCGAGAUUGGCAGUGGCACUUCCAAAAAGCUGGCAAAGCGUAAUGCGGCAGCUAAAAUGCUGCUUCGAGUGCACACGGUGCCUCUGGAUGCCCGGGAUGGGAAUGAGGCAGAGCCUGACGAUGAUCACUUCUCCAUUGGUGUGGGCUCCCGCCUGGAUGGACUUCGGAACCGGGGCCCAGGCUGCACCUGGGAUUCUCUGCGGAAUUCAGUGGGAGAGAAGAUCCUGUCCCUCCGCAGCUGCUCCCUGGGCUCCUUAGGUGCUCUGGGCCCUGCCUGCUGCAGUGUCCUCAGUGAGCUGUCUGAGGAGCAGGCCUUCCAUGUCAGCUACCUGGAUAUUGAGGAGUUGAGCCUGAGUGGGCUCUGCCAGUGCCUGGUGGAGCUGUCCACUCAACCGACCACCGUGUGUCAUGGCUCCGCAGCCACCAGGGAGGCAGCUCGUGGCGAGGCUGCUCGCCGUGCCUUGCAGUACCUCAAGAUCAUGGCGGGCAGCAAGUAAAGCUCCAGCUGGAUCCAUUCAUGUACACCUCCGUUCCCUGCUCUUCCUACCCUUGGCCCAGGCAUCUGCCCAGCUCUGGUACCCUUAGAGGUACCAUCUCUACCUCUGACACAGACUGCCUCCCUGAAGGCCAAGGAGGGCAUGGGCCCAGGAGCCAGGGACCACAGUGCCUCAGUGGCCCAGGAUCCAUCCUCAUGUUACUGGUGAUGACGAAGGGGAAUGAAAUCGGGCACUACCCUCUAGAGCCCGGAAUAAAUGUGCUGCUCCUUGGAUUCUUAAA